AUGGCGUCCACUGUACAGCAGGACGACAAUGCGCACAAGGUCACCAAGGCGAGCAGGCCCAGUGACAGCACACAGACCUUCCAUGUCGGCACGAGAAGAUCCAUCCUGGCGCGAGUGCAGGCCGACGAGGUGGUAAAGGCAUUGAGGGAGGCAUGGCCGGAGCACAACUUCGAGAUACACGCCAUGAGCACCACGGGCGAUAACAACCAGAAGACGGCAUUGCACAAGUUCAAUGAGAAGGCGCUAUGGACACAGGAAUUGGAGGUCUUGCUGCAGAGCAAGGAGCUGGAUCUGAUUGUGCACAGUCUGAAAGACAUGCCUACGCAGCUACCACACGACUUGGAGCUAGGCUGUGUCACAAAGCGGGAAGAUCCUCGUGAUGCUUUGGUCCUGCAUCCAAGUCUGGUCGGCAAGGUGAAAUCGUUGAAGGACCUGCCGGAAGGUGCGGUGGUCGGCACAUCGAGCCUUCGUCGCACAGCACAACUCAAGCGUCACUACCCACAACUUCAAUUCAAGGACGUUAGAGGAAACAUCGGCACUCGUCUCGGUAAGCUUGAUGCCGCCGACUCUGAGUACUCGGCCAUUUGUAUCGCCGUGGCUGGACUAGAGCGACUCGGCAUGGGCGGCCGCAUCAAUACCUUCCUAUCAAAAGACCACGGGGGCAUGCUACAUGCAGUCGGUCAGGGUGCAUUGGGCAUUGAGAUCAGAAAAGACGACAAGCGAACUGCAGACUUGCUGUCCAGAAUUGGCUGUGACCGCACGCACCGCCAAGCUCUCACUGAGCGCAGCUUGAUGCGGACGCUUGAGGGAGGCUGCUCAGUGCCUAUAGGUGUUGAGACGGAGUGGGUGGCCAAAAAGCGAUUCCACGAUACACAUGUUGGUGUUGGCAUCAAGCCGGCAGAGGACUACCACCAGGCCAGUGGUACGGCUGUGCCGGGGGGCGAUACUUCAACCAAAGAACAAGAAGACGAGAAAACCGAUGAACUCAUAAUGCGCGCAAUUGUCGUCAGUCUGGACGGGCAGGAAGCUGCAGAGAUAGAGACAAGACGCCUAAUCACUAAUCACGCACAAGCUGAGGAGCUGGGUUUCGAUGCGGCCAAACUACUCGUUCAGCAGGGAGCAGAUAAGAUCCUCGAGCAGGUUCAACUCAAUAGAGGUAUCAUUCAAGAGCAGGGCAAUGCAUAG